UAUGUCCUUACUUUAUAUCAAUGGCACAGGACCAUAUACAGUCUAUGUACAGGACUGGCUCAUCGUUUUCGGAAUUUUGUGCCAACUUCUGCUCUUAAUUAUUUCUUUAGCUCAGCCAUAAAUUGAUUGAUGUCAGAUAUCUUUCCUAUCGAAAUAUUGUCAUACUUUCAACGAGCUAUCAUUUUGCUAACGAUUUUUUACCACUUAGUUGAUUCUACUAAAGACUUUUAUUGAACUGACUUUAUUUACACGUUACAUUGCAGGUACGAGAUUAACAUCAUUGAAUCAUACUUUCGGGGACCCGGGCAGGGUGAAAGGAGUCGGGUGGAGGGAAAUGCAUCCGCUCCUGUGCCAGAGGAUCACCAUACCAGCCUCCACCUUGCGCUUGGCACUGCUGGGCCCACCAGCUUUCCAGCUACGCGUGGGGCCCCUGGGGUGCCGAUGCGUACGGGCGGUGACCCGGCACCAUCGGUGGGUGAGCACGUCACAGGCAACCAGGGCUGAGACACCGCCCAAGCCCAGCGCUGGGGAAGAAACCCAGUUCCCACCAGAGACCAUCCUCCAAAGGUUCAAGAGGACCUUUAAGCAGUAUGGAAAAGUCAUGAUACCAGUGCACAUCCUGACGUCCUCCAUGUGGUUCGGCAUGUUUUACUAUGCUGCCAUGAAAGGUGUGAACCUGAUUGCAUUCCUGGAAAUGACUGGGUUUCCUGGAAAGAUUGAUCUUCAAGAACAUUCUCAGGGUGGCUAUGCACUCACUGCCUAUGCCAUGUUCAAGAUUGCAACACCAGCCAGGUAUGCUGUGACCUUGGGUGGAACAUCUCUCUCGAUCAAGUACCUCCGGAAGAAGGGCUACAUGUCCACCCCUCCCCCGGGUCAAAAUGGAGGCACCAAGUGAGCUGAUUUAUGAAAAAAUAGGGGGAAACUAAGGACAAGUUCUCUGAAAAGCUACAGGAAACCAAAGGCGGGGUAUCUUUCAGGAAGAAGGCAGAGUAGUGUUGAUUUUACAGAACAAAUUAUUCCUGAUACACUCAUGCACCGCAUGGUAGGCCUGUCACUUAGUGUACUUUUAAAAAGGUGGCAUUUGCAGUGGUAAAAACAGCAAAUGUCAAACAGGUGGAAUAUAAAUAGAUUGUUGUAGAUUACAUCUUCAAGAUCACUUUAAGAUAAAGCUUUGCCUCAGAAGUCUGAACGAGUUCCAUCAUUGGUCUUUUAAACAUACACCUGGGUGUUGAGAAAAGCUAGCUGUCCACAAACUCACUGUACAGUUAAUAUUUAGUAUUGAACUGACAUUUGCUUUGAUUCCUGGUUUCAUGGUGUCAUUACGCCUGCUGUGCUGUAGUUAUCAAUAUACAAAAAAAAUUAAUGAAUGAAUAAAUUAGGCAAACAGAAUUACAGUGAAGAGGUUCUGCUCACAUUGCAAUGCACUGAAAAGCUUAAAUGCUUCAACAGUGAUAAGAAUAGCUCUUUAAAUUAAUUUGUCAAACAUGUAAUUAACUACUGUACUUACAAACUGAAAAUGCUUCAUUGUAAUCUUGAUUACUGUCAUGCAUAGUUUGACAAACAACUCAUGUUGUGUACUAUUGUGAUGAAGAAUAAAGUCAAGCAUAUUG